AUGGUUGGCAAGCGCCCGUGCACUCAAGGUGGUAAAAAGCAUACACCUUCAAGUCCUCGAAGACCUAAGAGAAAUGUACCAGUUAAAACUAUUGAUGACACGGUAGGGCUUUCUAAGAAAGAAGAAAAAGAAUUGAAGAAGGCGUUGUAUGCUUCCCUUCAAGAAACCAAAUUAAAAGUGACUUAUACAUAUGAAAAAGUUAUUGAUAAAAGGCACUCUGGAAGUAGACAUGGAUCGCAAUCUGCACCAGCAUCACAGACAACAAGUCGCAGAACAAGUACUGUUACAUCUAGUAGUACUACUACCAGUAUGGAUGAAUCAAGUCAAGAUUCUGUCAAGUCUUACACUAGUACUAAUACAACUGCUACAUCUACAUUAGAACCUAUUAGAGCCAAGGUUCAUGCACAACGUAAAUUUGCUCAAGGUUCUUUACCUGUGACACCCAGCACAACGCCAGUUAAAACAGUCACAUCACCUUUUAAACUUCUUCCCAAAACUCCCAAAACCGAAGAUUUCAUAACAUUUCUUUGUUUAAGAGGUACAUCAGUUCUUCCACCACAUUUAGAUUUUCUCAAAUAUUCUGGAGAUGAGUCUAAUGAAUCAAGUAAAGCUGAGAGUAAUAAUUCAUGUAAACAACCACCAACACUAGGUGUUAAGGGAGAGGAAAUAACUCGUGAAUCCACACCAGAAUCCUCUAGUGCCAGUAGUAAUGAUGAACUUUAUCAAUUACAUACACCUUCUCCUAGUACAAGAAAUGGUGGAAUAAGUAGUGCUUUAAGGAAAGCAGCAAGAGCAAGUGCCAGUACUCCAGAAACUAAUCGUGGUAUAGUUUCUUUAAGACAAGGUUUAUCACGUAAAGCAUCCAGUUUGGCACAAACACCCCCAUCAUCUCGCUCACGUUCUUUAUUAUCAACUCCUGAUAAAUCAUCACGUUCUGGUAGAAAACACAGUUCAUUAUCAUCCAAACAAAGACUAGGUGUUAAACGAUUAACUAAAAGUUUUUCUAAUUAUUCCCCUAAGAGAAAAGAAGCAAGUAUACAGAAAUCUGCCUCUACCUCAAAACUUGGUUCCAAGAAAAAUAUGUUUGGAAGAGAAAAAAAAAGAAGACAAAUUAAGGUGAAGUCUUGCAAAUGUUGUUUUGCUAGAAAUUCAGAGAAAAAAUCAGUUCAUUUUGAUUCAGUAACUGUUAUUGAACCUAGUGAUUUCUCAGGUGAAUCUGGUGAUGAUAGAUUUUCAGAUCCAUCAAUACAACCCCUGCCAGUAGAUUCUGAAACUGAAGAUCAGGAGAUCAUCUUUCAUAAUAUAUCUCAUGAGAAUGAUAAUAAGGGUGGAGAAAAGAUGGAAUAUAGAAAUCCUGGUGACAACGGUAAAAAAUCAGAGAGAAAUUUCAAGGUGACUCUUUUAUCAAAGCUUGUCAAUGACAAAAAUGAACAUUCAGUAUGGAAGACACAAAAUGAUAAAGGGUUGGACUGUCAGUAUAAUUUGAAUGAUAGUGGCACCUUGAAAAUAGAUAAGAAUUUAACUAACCCAGACGAUUUACCAGAGAGUUUAUCUGGUUUCCGUAACUUUAAAGAAAGCAAUAUAACAUCAUCUUUAUUGGAUGACGACAAUUCCUUUCAGUACGGAAUAAGUAAUACUGAAUCCAAUUUUACUCAAAUUAAGACGCAAAAUACCAACAACAUUUCUUGUGACAAUGAUUUGGAAAUAAUCACAGGAAAUCUGAAAAUCAAGCAUUCAGACAAAACUGAUUAUACCAAUGUAAUUGAGAAUAUGCCUGCAUAUAACAAUGUAAUGUCAACCAGUCAAUCAGUUAGACCUGAAGAAACUUUACACAAGAUAAGCCAGCUUUCUUACUCUCCAUUCAGUGAUUAUGGAAGUGAAAGAAAUAUUGUUACAUCUACAAUAACUACAGAUGUUUCUUCUAUCAAUAUCACAGAUGGUUCACAGCCUUAUUUACCCUCUUGCGACUAUGAAAAUGGUAAGAAAAGAAGAGGACCUUUUGAAAGAAGUCACACUUUAAAAACUGGUUCCCAAGAAAACGCCCUGCAUAUUUCACGAUCAUGUUCCCCUUUUACUGAUAAUGGAAGUGGAAAUAAAUUUCUAGGAACAUCCAAUAUUACUUCACUUUGUGAAUCCUUAUCACCUCAGUCUUUCAGUGUACAGGUUACAGAUCAUAGUCAAGAACCUUUUUUUUUAAAGAGAAGGAGAAGCCAAGAAACUAGAAUGAGAAGAAGGUUUUUAGCUGAAAGUGAUUGUGAUAGUUCUGGAACAUCAGAAAAGAUUUAUGAAUCACUUGGGUCAAUUUCACAAGAUUUAGAAAAAUUAAGACAAGCAAGUAAAAUGAAUACUACUGAGGCAAGUGAAGAUUAUAAGGAAAAUCAAAAUAGUGAAAAUGAGGUAUUCAGUUAUGAAGAGUUUGAAAAUGGAUUGAUGAAUAUUUCUUUCUAUGAUGCUAAUCAUUGUAACUCCCCAGUAACUGAUGCUGCUAUAUCCUUUAACAGUACUGAAGAUUUGGAUAUCAGUGAUCCUGAAAUAGAGUUCAAAUCACCUCCGGCUCAAUUUAUUCUCACCUUUGAAAAGGAUAAAUCUUCCAAAAGCAUAGAUGAGUUGCCAGUUGAAAGAGAUGGAUACCUUUCACCAGUGUUACCUCAAUCAGAAAGUCUAGAUAUAGAUAUGAGUGACAGUGCACAAGAUUCUCCAUGUAUGAAGAAAGCAUCUUUGAGUAGAAACGAAACAGAAUGGCAGUUGAUGUUUAAAGAAACAGAGUCUGGUCAAGUUAAAGUUAUUGAUACACAAAUAGAUAUGGAUGGAUCUGUAGUAGAUGAUAAUGAGUCUAUUGUAAAAGAUAACUCCUGCUCACCUGUAUUUGCUGGACCUGGUUGUUACGAUUUACCAGCAUUUAAAUCCAGGGAUAGAGAGAUUGAAUCAGAUGUGAAAAACACAGAAGAAGAAAAAUAUUAUAAGCCUAUUAAACCUAAUAUUACCUGCAAUAUUUGUCCAAUUAUAGCUACAGCACAGUUCACUCCCUUGCCUGCACCACCUCUGUCUAUUUAUAGAUCUAUACAAAACAUACCGCUGUCCUUACCAUAUUCUACAGAUAUUGGACAGUUGUCUCAUCAAGUUGUAAAAGGAGGAGGUUAUACAACUAAAGGCAAUUCGCCAUUGAAUACGAAAACAGUAAACAAGGAUAUAAGAAAGUCUGAAAAGCUAAAAUCUACAUCUGUGAAAAAAACUGAUGAAUUGAUAAAGGAAGCAAAAGAUCUUAGCAGCAAGAGUAAUAACUCUCAAAUCCCUGGAGCCCUGGUUUCAAACAAUUCUAAGAAUCUAACAAAUGUAAAGGAUGUAAAUGUAAAGGAGACUCCAAAAGAGAAGAGUUUUAAUAAUCACCAGUAUUUUACCAGACUAAAGAAAGUAACCACUGGAGAUGAUCAACCAUUGUUACUUCUACCGUCUCCUCCUAUUUUAUCUUACCCUAUUCUAACUCAGGAUAAGAAGUCAUCUGAACCAUUAAGAAAACGAAGAAUGAAAUCAGAGGAUGUUGAUUGUAAAAGAAUGGGUGGAAGACAAAGUCGAAGGUCAAGUACAUCAGAUUCAUUAUCCCUGUCCCUUGAUAGUGGAUUACGAGGCAAGAGAGCCACCAAGUCUAGAUCAGAAAGUCUGGAUUCUAGAUGUUCUCCUUCAAGAAAAAUACCAAAGAGACGUAGCAGUUCGCGUGUUAAAUCUUUAACACAUCAAAGAAGAUUACAACAUUAUGAAAGUGAUCAUGAAAUUGAUGAUGAAGAAGUGUUUGUUCUUAUUGAUGACCUGGAUUCUGACAAUAAAAAACGUGGCAGGCCUAAAGGUUCUAAAAAUAAAAAAUCUCUUGGAAUGGCCAUGUCAACACGGCGUUCAGUAUUUUUACAGAAAUCUGCCAAAAAAUUAACUUCUGCAGGGAAAUUAGCCACAAAAAGGAAAAUAGCAGCCAUGAAUACUUUAAAGAAAUCCUCAGUUAAAGAACAAAAGAAACUUUCUAAUAUGAUAGAGAAAAGACGUCAUAUAAAGUCUACUAGUAGUGAUACUAAAGACAACAAUGUACGUAGUAAAUCCUUAGAUCAGACAAAUAAAACUUCUAGAAUCAGAAAUAGUCCCAGUACCAGUAAAACUUCUCCUAGAUCAACUCGCAAAACAUCAGUGUCCCCAAAAAGAAUUCCUCCAGAAGGUAGAGCAAGCUGGAGAUCAGAGAUACUGGUAGAUAUACCAGUUUAUCAUCCGACUGAUCAAGAGUUCCGUGAUCCACUGACUUAUAUAGAAAGUAUUAGAUCUGCUGCUGAACCUUUUGGAAUGUGUAAAAUAGUACCACCACCAAGUUGGAAGCCUGAUUGUAGAAUUAAUGAUGAUAUGAGAUUUACAGCACAAGUUCAAUAUUUACAUAGACUUUAUAAACGAUGGGGUCCAAAUGUUGAGAAAACAGAAUGUAUAUUAAAAUAUUUACAGAAUAUUGGUGUAGAUUUUGAUUCCAUUCCAAAGAUUGGAAGUGUAGAUUUGGAUUUACCUAAAUUAUCUCAAAUAAUACAAGAUCAUGGUGGAAUGCAGAAUGUUAUAGAUAAGAAAAAAUGGAUCAAAAUAGCUGAUCUUCUUAACAUUCCUAAAAUGGCAGUUGAUAGAGGUACCAAACUAUUUGAUGCUUAUUGUAAAUAUUUAUUACCCUAUGAUACAUUGAGUCCAGAAGAAAAGCGUAAGGUGAAACAACAAGUUUUAACUGAGAAACAGAAGAAAGAAGAAAUGAAUGAAAUAGAUGAUGGUGUAGUCAAGGGGAAAUCUAGUCCAUUAAGUGCCUUUAUUAGAAUAGCAAGAAAUGUCCAUUCUAUGUGGUUUAAAGAUGAACCAACUGUUGAACAAAUGGAGAGUGAAUAUUGGAAGAUCUUAGAUGAAGGUAAAAAACAUGUUGUAGUUCAAUGUGGUCAUGUUAAUACUAAAACACAAGGUACAGCCUUUCCUACAAGACAUGACAAUUCUUAUACCAGACAUAGUUGGAAUUUGAAUAAUUUACCACAGAAUUCUAAAUCAUUGUUAAAGGUUUUAGGGCCAAUUACGGGUACAACUAUACCUACAUUACAUAUUGGUAUGUUAUUUGCUACAUCUUGUUGGAGUUGUAACCCCCAUAAUUUACCUUAUAUACAAUAUUUACAUACUGGUGCUGAUAUAGUAUGGUAUGCUGUAUCAAAACAACAUGAAUCUAAACUGAAGGAAGCAAUGUUAAACUUAACUCCAGAUUUAAUCAGUGAAGAUCCUCAGUGGCUGAAAGAAGAUGUUGUAAUGAUAAAGCCAGAAUUACUAUUAGAGAAAGAUGUACCAGUUGGUAAAUGUAUUCAGAAACCACAAGAAUUUGUUGUCAUAUUUAAUAAAUCAUUUACAGCUACUGUUAGUUGUGGUUAUAAUGUAUCUGAAUCAGCUCAUUAUGCUACUACAGAUUGGUUACCUCAUGGUAUACAGGCAGCACAAGAUUUAAAUGGUAGUUUUGAAAGAGAAUUAUUUUCUAUGGAUGCUUUGUUAUAUAAUCUAUGUACUAGUGAUUCUACAGAUAAAGAUGUUUUAUCUGUGGCCUUUGAUUAUCUUGAGAAAAUUAUUACAGAAGAGAUUAGUUUAAGAAGACAAGUAUAUGAUAAUGGAUUAAAGAUAUUUGAGAGAAUGGCGAUAUGUGAUGAUAUAAUGAUGUCAACAUAUCCUAGAAAACGUCAACAAGAUUUAUUAGAAUGUGAUGAAAAUAUCUGUGAUAUCUCAAAGAAAAUUUGUUAUUUAUCUAUGGUAAUAAAUGAUGUUGAGAAAACUACUCUAUGUUUAAAGGAAGCUUUACAACACCUUGGUAAAAAGAAGAAUUUAAAAUCAUGGAGAUUACUAUAUAGAUAUACUGAUGAGGAAUUAAAGCAAGUUUUAGAAAAUACAAAGAAGAAAUUGAAUGAUACCCCAAGUAAAAGAAGAAUAUCAAGAAAAUUUGAAUAAUAUCUGCUAUCUGUGUUCAGUUUUGUUAUUUCUGUUCUUUUAAAAGCAUAUUUUAAAAUUUUUUUGUUGAUGGAUGUCAUUUGAUUUCAUUUUUAAGAUGGCAGUUCUUUUAUGUAUUUUAUUUUUGUUUUACAGUAUCGUUUGGGAUUCUUGAAAUAAACAUUAUUGUAUGGCAGUAUGUAUUGUCUUGUAGAGACGUUUGUACAUCUUGAGGUCUCAAUGCAAACAUGAACAGUCCACUAUUUUGUGGUAAUUUGAAUGGUAAAGAAACUAUUCUUGAAAAGGUUUGUGAAGUGCAGGGAAUGAGGAUGUAAUUGUUUAACUGAAGUUACAUGUAAUUAAUGUUUUGAUAUGAUUGUUGUUAUUAAGAAUAACGUUUGUUUGAAUGUUUUUAUUAUGUAUGAGUCUCUAUGUUAUGAUAAUGUGUCAUUUGUAAAACAAUUUAUUGAGUACAACAUCUGCCGUAUUAAUAAUCUAUUGCUGAGGGUAUUGAAAUUUCGAAACGCUUGUUCUAAAAGUAUUUUGAUAUUGUUGCAAUUGUUUGACUCCAUUUUGUAUCUGUUUUUUUUUUUAAGGUAAAUGUUUUUAGAAUGUUGUUAUGUAUUUAACUUUUUGAUUUUCAUUGUAACAAGGGAAGUUACUGUUGGAUAUUUUUAUACUGAUUUCAUAUAAUGUUUUUGAUUCAUUUAUUGUAAUAAUUUAUCAUAACCAUUUCCUACUGAUAUAGGGCCCAGAUUAUUGUAUGACUUGUUUACUAUUCAGUACACUGACAAAAUGUCUCAAUAAAUCAUUUUUUAAAAAAA